CUGCUAUCCACCGACUUUAGACAGAUCAAGUGUACAUCCUCGCAAUUAUCAAUACCGGUUUGCGAGCGCCUUAGAUUUGGAAUUGAUUAUAAAGGACCCUACAUAUCUAAUCCCGAAGUCCCUUUCGAGGGCACAAUCAAUUCAUCAUGCCUCAAAAUGAGUACAUGGAGCGUUUCCGCAAGACGCACGGCCGACGUCUCGACCACGAAGAGCGCGUGCGCAAGCGCGAGGCCCGAGAAGGCCACAAGGCCUCGAAGGAUGCGCAGAACCUGCGUGGUCUGCGAGCGAAGCUGCACCAGGCUAAGCGACACAAGGAGAAGAUCCAGAUGCGCAAGCAGAUCAAGGCGCACGAGGAGCGCAACGUGAAAUCGGCCGCCGAGAACGACCCCAAGACACCGCUGCCAAACUACCUGCUCGACCGGUCGAACCCGACCUCCGCCAAGGCGUUGAGUUCCGCCAUCAAGAACAAGCGCGCCGAGAAGGCCGCCAAGUUCGCCGUGCCGCUGCCGAAGGUGAGGGGUAUCAGCGAAGAGGAGAUGUUCAAGGUAGUGAGCACGGGCAAGAAGACGCAUAAGAAGAGCUGGAAGCGUAUGGUUACCAAGCCGACGUUCGUCGGACCGGAUUUCACGAGACGGCCGGUCAAGUACGAGAGGUUUAUCCGACCUAUGGGAUUACGAUACAAAAAAGCCAACGUAACCCACCCAGAGCUAGGCGUAACGCUACAACUCCCUAUCAUCAGCGUGAAGAAGAACCCGCAGCAGCCGCUGUACACACAGCUCGGCGUGCUGAGCAAGGGAACCAUCAUCGAAGUCAACGUGUCCGAGCUCGGGCUCGUCACCGCCGGCGGCAAGGUCGCCUGGGGCCGCUACGCCCAGAUCACGAACAACUGCGAGAACGACGGCUGCGUCAACGCUGUACUGCUUGUUUAAGUCGCUCUUAUCUACAGCCUAUACCUGUGAAUUUCUCACGAAGUUGGAUGUAUAUACCAUAACUAUGGGGUGGGUGUGUUAGGGAAUGAGCGGAAAAUAGGAAAAGGGGGGCACGGGGAAGAAAGGAAGGGUUUUCUUUCUUCCUUCGGCGCGAACGAUUAGAAACAGGCCCUAAACCUUGCCUAUUUGACUAGCCGAUUCUACAUGGAGAGAUGUCGAGGCCAACGGGGACGGACACCUACCAUAUCCGAAUUUCGAACCCGAUAUCAGACGUCUAUGAAGAUCAUUUCACCAAGGGGCAGACAGAGCGAUGGGCGAUGGUACCUAUCAUGCAUUAAACGGCGUCCGGUGUUUUUGCUGUAUAUGCCUGUCGGGAGAUGCCAAGAGAAUCGAUGAAUGGAAAGGAAGUUAUAGGGGCAAGGUAUGAAAAAGGAAUCAUAAAUCUAGUACCAAAAUAUACAAAUGCCAAUAA